AUGGCUUCAACAUCAGUUCCCGAGAACUACUAUGUGGUUCCGAUAGGGGAGACUCAGAUGGUUGUGCUGAAACGAUAUGAAAACUUACGGCUUAUUGGCUCAGGUGCUCAAGGGAUUGUUUGUGCUGCUACCGAUACGGUAACUAAUAAGCCGGUGGCUAUAAAGAAGUUAUCCCGUCCUUUCCAAAAUGUCACGCAUGCGAAACGAGCAUAUAGAGAAUUUAUUCUUAUGAAUCUUGUCAAUCACAAAAAUAUUAUUGGAUUGUUAAAUGCGUUCUCUCCCCAAAGAGAAGUUGAAGAAUUUAAUGACUUAUAUAUUGUUAUGGAACUGAUGGAUGCUAAUUUGUGCCAGGUUGGUUCCUCUUUCUUAUGUCAUACAAAUGGAUCUGGAUCAUGA